AUGGACGAUAAGAAGAGCUGGACUCCAGAUUCCUCCCCAGGGCCGUCGGCGUACGAGGGAGACAUGGCCCAUGUCAAGCGGAAAUGGUCACGGCGCAUGACCGACAGUUUCCGACGAGAUCCCAAUGCCAGCGUCAUCAGGUCGGCCUCGUUCAGCGCUGCCCAUCCUCACCAUCACCACUACGAUGCCGAGGCUGCCGCGCAGGCGACGGCGAUGUCGCCUCUCCUGCGCCGGCUGAAGGGACGACAUUUGCAGAUGAUCGCGAUCGGCGGCAGUAUCGGAACAGGAUUAUUUGUCGGAAGCGGCAAGGCACUCGCAUACGGAGGUCCAGCUUCGGUGCUGCUGGCGUUCAGCUUGACGGGAGUCAUGAUGUACUGUACCGUCCAGGCGCUGGGUGAACUCGCAGUGUUGUUCCCGGUCGCAGGAUCCUUCUCCGCAUAUUCCACCCGGUUUCUGGAUCCGGCAUGGGGGUUCGCCAUGGGCUGGAAUUACGCCAUGCAAUGGCUCGUUGUGCUGCCGUUGGAGAUUGUCGCGGCCUCCAUCACGGUCGAUUACUGGGUAGGUCGGAACCUCAAUGCUGCUUGGGUGUCGAUAUUCCUGGUUCUGAUUGUGAUGAUCAAUUUCUUCGGCGUGAAAGGAUAUGGCGAGGCGGAAUUCAUCUUCUCUAUUGUCAAAGUCACCGCUGUGAUAGGAUACAUCAUCCUUGGUGUCCUGAUCAAUAUCAUGGGCGGCACCGACGACUUUGGCAGACCCGAUGGAAGCUAUAUGGGGUUUCGGUUAUGGCAUCACCCGGGAGCCUUCCACAAUGGCUUCAAAGGCUUAUGCAGUACAUUUGUGACGGCGGCAUUUGCGUUUGCCGGCACUGAGCUGGUCGGCCUGGCUGCGGCGGAGACGGAAAACCCACGCAAAGCCUUGCCGACUGCCAUCAAGCAAGUCUUCUGGCGAAUCACCCUCUUCUACAUCGUCAGUCUACUCCUUGUCGGAACCCUAGUGGCCUACGACGAUCCACGGCUCCUAAACGGCAAGAGUAGCGCCGAUGCAAAAGCAUCCCCAUUCGUCAUCUCCAUCCAAAACGCCGGUCUCCAAGUCCUCCCGUCGGUGAUGAACGUGGUCAUCAUGAUCUCCGUCCUCUCCGUCGGCAACUCCUCGAUUUACGGAUCGUCGCGAACCCUGGCCGCCCUCGCCGAACAGCGCCAAGCGCCCUCCUUCUUCGCUUACAUCGACCGCACCGGCCGCCCCUUGUACGCCAUCAUCGUCGCCUCCGUCCUAGGCCUACUCGCCUUCCUCGCCGCCUCCCAUAGACAAGAAGACGCAUUCAACUGGAUGGUCGCCCUCUCCGGCCUCAGCUCCAUCUUCACCUGGUCCAGCAUCUGCCUCGCGCACAUCCGCUUCCGCCACGCCUGGCUCGCUCAAGGCCACACGUUGGACGAACUCGCGUUCCGCUCCCCCGUCGGCGUGAUCGGGUCGUGGAUCGGGCUCAUCUUCAACAUGCUCGUCUUGAUCGCCCAGUUCUGGACCGGCUUCAGUCCCGUAGGCUGGCAGUCCAUGAGCUCCAAGGAACUCGUCAUCAAUUUCUUCCAGGCCUAUCUCGCCGCCCCGAUCGUCGUCAUCAUGUAUCUCGGCUACAAGCUGUAUCUGAGGACGGAGGUCGUCAAGAUCAGGGACAUGGAUCUGUUCACGGGUAAGAGGGAGUUCAAUGUCAAGGUCCUGGUGGCCGAGGAGAAGGCGGAUCGCAGGAAUUGGCCGACUUGGAAGAAACUGUAUAAAUUCUUCUGCUAG